AUGAUGAACCAAAGUACACACCAAAAGCCUCAUGCUAUAUUAUUUCCUUACCCCCUUCAAGGUCAUGUAAUUCCUUUUGUUAACCUAGCAAUCAAACUUGCAUCCAAUGGCUUCACAAUUACCUUCAUAAACACUCAAUCAAUUCAUCAACAAAUAUCGAAAGCCGGUCGAUCGAACAUUAAUGAUAACGAGGGCAAUGAUCUCUUCUCGGGUGCACGAAAAUCAGGCCUUGAUAUACGAGAUGUGUCUAUUUACGAUGGUUUUUCUGUAGAUUUCGAUCGUUCACUUAAUCAUGACGAAUUUUUUGAAGCUAUCCUGAAUGAUUUUGUUUUUCAUGUCGAUGAGGUUGUUGGAACAUUGAUGCUCUCGAAUCCAUCACCAAAUAUACUAAUUGCUGAUACUUUUUAUGUAUGGUCAUCAACCAUAGCUAAAAAGUAUAAUCUUGUGAAUGUUUCGUAUUGGACGGAGCCAGCUCUUGUUUUUAGUGUGUAUUAUCACAUGGACCUUCUAAAGCAAAAUGGACACUAUGAUUGCAUUG